AUGGAGAUUUCUUCUCACCAGUUUCACCUCUUGCAGCAACUGAAUGAGCAGCGCAGGCAGGACUUGUUCUGUGACUGCAAUAUCCUGGUGGAGGGCAAGGUCUUCAAAGCCCAUCGCAAUGUGCUGUUUGCCAGCAGCGGCUAUUUCAAAAUGCUCCUUUCGCAGAGCUCGAAGGAGACGAGUCAGCCGACAACAGCGACUUUCCAGGCAUUUUCUCCUGACACGUUUACAGUUAUUCUAGAUUUUGUGUAUUCAGGCAAACUGUCUCUCACUGGUCAGAAUGUCAUCGAAGUCAUGUCGGCCGCUAGCUAUCUGCAGAUGACCGAUGUUAUCAGCGUGUGUAAAACGUUCAUUAAGUCGUCGCUGGACAUCAGCGAGAAGGAGAAGGAUCGCUACUUCAGUCUGUCAGACAAAGAUGUAAAUUCAAACGGCGUGGACCGGUCCUGCUUGUACAGCGCAGGCUGGAGGGGAGAAAGCAGCCCCCCGCAUUCGCACUUAAGCCCAGACCAAGGGUCCUGUAUGAUGGGUGGAAACGCUUGGAGCAAUUUCAGUUACUAUCCGACUUCUCAGAGAAAUGCCCAGCAACAGCUGUCCAAACACGAGCAAAGGCAGGAUUCCAUAAAGAAAUCCCGGCACCUGGGACUGCAGCAACCCUCUGACAUUCCUCACUAUAAAUCAAGCAAACUGGAGGACAGGGCCGCCGAGCCCACUGGCCAUAUCGCUCCGUCUGAGGAGCAAGUUCAGAUUGAAACAGAAGUUGAAUCCCCUCACGUGGGAUACCAGUACGGCCAAGGGUCUGAGGUGAUACCGAGGAGCUUGGCUGUGCCGCAGCAGGAGCACGAAUCGCCCCGUUCUUCCAGUAAAUCGAAGUCUUCAAAAGCAGACGAGCAGUACGCGAGCAUGCCCUCCAUUCUAGGCGUCAUGGGAAGCUGGGCUGAAGAUGAUCUGCCCAGGAUGAGGUUCAAGUGCCCGUUCUGCACGCACGUGGUGAAAAGAAAAGCAGAUCUGAAGCGUCACCUUCGCUGUCACACGGGAGAGCGCCCUUACCCUUGUGAGGCAUGUGGGAAAAGAUUUAGCAGGCUAGAUCACCUAAGUAGCCAUUUUCGAACAAUUCAUCAGGCUUGUAAGCCUAUCUGCAGAAAGUGUAAGCGCCACGUGACUGAGCUAACGGGACAAGUGGUCCAAGAGGGGACAAGACGUUACAGACUCUGUAAUGAGUGUUUGGCUGAAGCUGGCAUAGACAGUAUUCGCAUUGACUUGGAGGCUGAAGCACCCCUUGAAUUUCCACAAGAUGGGGAUAAGGAUUCCAGGUGGCACUAUGGGGAAGACAACAGAUCUGACGUGGAGAUUGUGGAGGAUGGGUCAACCGACUUGGUCAUUCAGCAAGUUGAUGACAGCGAGGAUGAAGCAGACGAAAAGGAAGUAAAACCAAAUAUUAGGUAGUUGCAA